GCCCUGCUGCCCUCGCAGCCGCCGCCCGUGGCCGUCAACGCCUUGGGGCUGCCAAAAGGCGUCACCCCCGCGGGAUUCCCAAAGAAGGCCAGCAGAACUGCUAGAAUAGCCUCUGAUGAGGAGAUCCAAGGCACAAAGGAUGCUGUUAUUCAAGACUUGGAACGAAAACUUCGCUUCAAGGAGGACCUCCUGAACAAUGGCCAGCCGAGGUUAACAUAUGAAGAAAGAAUGGCUCGCCGGCUACUAGGUGCUGACAGUGCGACUGUCUUUAAUAUGCAGGAGCCAGAGGAAGAAAUAACUAAUCAGGACGUCGCGUCUUCUCAGGCUUCUGUAGGGAGUCCCCUGGAUGGCCAAAAGGAAUACAAAGUCUCCAGCUGUGAACAGAGACUCAUAAGUGAAAUAGAGUACAGGCUAGAGAGGUCUCCCGUGGAGGAGUCAGGCGAUGACGUUCAUUACGGAGAUGUGCCUGUGGAAGGUGGCGUGGCACCCUUCUUUGAGAUGAAACUGAAACAUUAUAAGAUCUUUGAGGGAAUGCCUGUAACUUUCACGUGUAGAGUGGUCGGGAAUCCAAAGCCUAAGAUCUACUGGUUUAAAGAUGGGAAGCAGAUCUCUCCAAAGAGUGAUCACUACACCAUGCACAGAGAUCUUGAUGGGACCUGCUCUCUCCACACUGCAGCCUCCACCCUAGAUGAUGACGGGAAUUUCACAAUCAUGGCUGCCAGUCCUCAGGGCCGUGCCAGCUGUACUGGACGGCUAAUGGUACAGGCUGUCAACCAAAGAGGUCGCAGUCCACGCUCUCCCUCAGGCCAUCCGCAUGUCAGAAGGCCUCGCUCUCGGUCAAGGGACAGUGCAGAUGAAAAUGAACCGAUUCAAGAGCGGUUCUUCAGACCUCACUUCUUGCAGGCUCCUGGGGACCUGACUGUGCAAGAAGGGAAACUCUGCAGAAUGGACUGCAAAGUCAGUGGGUUACCAACCCCAGAUCUCAGCUGGCAACUAGACGGAAAGCCAAUACGCCCCGACAGUGCUCACAAGAUGCUCGUCCGAGAAAAUGGGGUGCACUCUCUGAUCAUAGAGCCAGUCACAUCUCGAGACGCUGGCAUCUACACGUGUAUGGCCACCAACCGAGCCGGACAGAACUCAUUCAGCCUGGAGCUCGUGGUUGCUGCUAAGGAAGCACACAAACCUCCUGUGUUUAUUGAGAAGCUCCAAAAUACAGGCGUGGCUGAUGGGUACCCAGUGCGGCUGGAAUGCCGUGUCUCGGGAGUACCACCGCCUCAGAUAUUUUGGAAGAAAGAAAAUGAGUCGCUCACACACAGCACUGACCGAGUGAGCAUGCACCAGGAUAACCAUGGCUACAUCUGCCUGCUUAUUCAGGGAGCUACAAAAGAAGACGCUGGGUGGUACACUGUGUCCGCCAAGAAUGAAGCAGGGAUUGUGUCCUGCACUGCCAGGCUGGAUGUUUACACCCAGUGGCAUCAGCAGCCACAGACCACCAAGCCAAAAAAAGUGCGGCCCUCAGCCAGUCGGUAUGCAGCACUUUCGGACCAGGGACUGGACAUCAAAGCAGCGUUCCAACCUGAAGCAAACCCGUCUCACCUGGCACUGAAUACAGGCUUGGUAGAAAGCGAGGACUUAUAAUCCAUUACUCUUGUUAAAGCUGCAACACGAAAUAGCCAUUGCCUUGACCAACAGAUUUCUCUGUCACAUUAUGUAAAAGGCAGAAAUAUACUUUGACUUAUAAUUAAAAAAACACCAAAAUAAUAUUUUUCUUACUUGUUAUACUAAACUUAGAGUUUAAGUAGGGGAUGCUUAUAGAAAUGUAUACAUUUCACACAAUUUACAUUUAUUGUCCAAUUUAAAACUUUUGGAAUUGCUGUUAUUAAAAUGGUCUGAAAUGCCAAAAAGUUAAAGGAAAUCAGUGGUAACCACAUCUACAAGUGCCUUUAAACACAAGCUAUAGGUGCUAUGUAGCAAAACAGUAUGAGAUUUUAACAUAUUACAAGGAUUCUGAAAUGCAGUGUAUUCAGACAGCUACAAUGAAUCAAGUGCAAUAUUUAAGGAUGAAAAGGAGGAGAAAAUGUAAAAGAAAUCCAAGUAAAUGCCUUGUCUUUGCAAAUUAUUCUGCAUUAAAUCAUAAGGAAGGAAAUGCCUUAAGUCUUAUUAAUAUCAAGUUUUCUAACAAGGGUAAUACCUUAGUUCUUAAUCUUUUUUCUUUUGCAUAUUUUCUUUUUUAUGCUACCUUGAUAGGAAGCUUAUUUAGAAACCAUACUAAAAGGCUAAUUUAAAUGUAAAUAUAAAAGUUUUCCAAAUAAAGCAGAAAUAUCUUACAGUCCAUUCCAUAAAAGCGACCCAAACUUCCCAGAUGACCACGUAUACAGCAUUCGGAGUACACAGGUUCGAAAUGAGUAGAAGGGGAACGAAGGAAAACUCCACCAGCACAGUUAUGUUGUAUUCAUGUAGAUGACAGAAAGGGCAAGAGAGGUGGCAAAGGCCAGGCUUUUCUUUGGCUUUCUUGAAAAUUAAUUUUAAAAUGUGGGUUGGAAAAAAACACUGCCAUUUAAAAGUCAAGAAAUCUAAGGUAAGCUGGAAGUUUGGAACAUGCGUGCUAUGGAGAUUUCAGUGUAUCUGGAGUUUGUGUGGUAUCUGAAGAUUUUAGAUGUGUAGAGCAAGUUGAAAAUGGAUAAGAGACUGCAAGAGUGGCUUAAAUCAGAAAAUGCCCGUAGGAGCUCGUCUACUUGAGAGAAGUGGAGGCUUAAAGGGAGGCCAAAACAGAUUUGUGUGCUAUAAUGUUUGUUUCCCAUUGGCACUAAUAAUAUACAGAGAAUGGAAAGUAGUUCACUUCCCUGCUGCCAUGAAACACUAUCUUAAGAAGGUGCUAGGUCCUGAGUAGUUUCUAAGGCAUCUCUGCAAAGACCACUUUUUGAAUGCAUAUGAUUCUGUAUCAGCUAGAAUGAAAUGAUUCUGACCAGACUUGAUGGUUUUAAGUCGGAACCAAUGAAAUUUUUCAGUGACAAAAAAUUAUUUGGCCUAAUAGUAGAAAACAUGAAGCUUUAAUGGUACUUUACUAAGAAAAGAAAACACUGUAUCCCUUAUGCAAAACACAUGUAGCUUUCAUUAUUUAUAACAAAAGUGUUGAACUUUCUUAGCUCAGUUACUCAAUUCAUACAUAAUAUUUUUAAAAUAAUUUUAUAUCUGUAUACCACCCCAUGUAUUUCAUGUUACUGCUUCACAUGUACAGCUUUCUACUUUUUUGUAAGGUCAUCAACCGAGUUUUAAAUGAUUAAUGAGCACGGGUGGCAGAUGUUCUCUGCAGUGUGGUGCAAGUUUCUUUUACCACACUUACAUGCAUUGCUGAAGUGGAGUAUAAAAUAACAUCCAGAGUCUCAUGGACUUACCUAUAGUGUAGAAUUAUGGUUUAUGUCAUAGCUAACUUGCCAAAUUUUUCUGAAUGUGACUUUUUUUGCUAAUUUGCUGGGUUGGGGAUUAACUAGCAUUAUUUUGCCACCUUUUAUGUUGUAUUUAUAAAAAAAAGUACUAUCAUACUACUUUGGACUGUUGUGCUGGUGUAAUGUGGGUUUAACAUCAAUAAAUAUUUAACAAAUAAUAGUUGUAAUUUUGUGAAGCAAAACAUUC